AUGCACAAUGGAGACAUUGUAGCAGACUCCAAGCCGAAACAGUAUUUGACUGGAAAUUUAAUCUUGUCAUCAGUGACAAAAUGGCUGCCGUCUAGAGACGAGCACAGCGACUACUGGUGGAAUAUGGCCGGGCCUCACUUUUCAGCACUCCUCCAAAAUGCCGGCUACAGCAGCCAAGCUCAGUAUGAGACUCUCCUCUUUAUCUAUCACCAGAUCACUCCGAGGCUGGGCCCUUCCCCCCUUCUCAGCAAUGCAGAUCGGCUAGAUAGCGGACUCUCCCUUGACGGCACCAGGUUUGAGUAUAGUUGGAGAUGGAAUCAAUCCUACACGAAGCCUGAGGUACGCAUGGUCGUAGAACCUUUCAGUCGGUUUGCCGGCACCUAUAUGGAUCCUCUCAACAUACGGCCGUCCAUGGAAACUCUAUAUUCCAUGAAAUCACAGGUCCCAUCUCUCGACAUGACCUUAUUCAAUCACUUCAUUGCGAAACUGUAUGACUCUGAAUGGCACAGAUAUCUGGACACCAACGAACGGCCGAUUGUUACAAAUGUGUGUCUUGGGUUCGAGUUCAAAGGCAGCGAAAUUCUUCCUAAAGCUUAUUUUUUCCCUCGAAAACUCGGUCAAAGCGGUCUCACCCCUAUGCGAGUUUGGGAGGAUGCAAUCAUCACUGCCAUUCCCCAGAGUCCUACAGUAGCAACUGUUUUCUCCUUCGUUCAGAAUGACGCUCCAAGGCUCGGCUUAACGCUGGCACCGCUGUGGCUCGGCAUCGACGUGGUGAAUCCAGUCGAAGCACGUCUCAAGUUCUACUGCGUCGAGUCGCGAACUUCCUUUGAUAGUGUUAAGUCCAUCAUGACUAUGGGUGGGAUUAUUGAGAUUGCUUCAGACAUGUUGGCGAUGAUUUGGGACCUCAUGAAAGCUGUUUGCGACCUCCCAGACGACUUCCCCCAGGACAAAGACCUUCCUAGGGCGCCGCAGUAUAACCCGUCAACCAACGGAAUCGAUGCAAUUGGUCUCUGGGGAACGUUUGCAUAUUAUUUCGAUAUUGGACUCGGUCGAGGGCUGCCCGACGUCAAGUUCUACAUUCCCGUCUGUCACUACGGCACUAAUGACCAGACUAUCGCCUCAGCUACAGCCAACUGGAUGAAGAAAAACAGUCGAGGCCAAUAUGUGGACGCUUUCUGGGACACGAUGCACAAGAUCAUCUCGCACAGAAAGCUUGAUGAAUCCAGAGGCGCGCAAAUGUGGCUCUCGAUGAUGGUGAAGCAAGGCGAGUUGCAGGUAACCACAUAUAUUGCCCCAGAGGGCUUUCAUCCCAAACGUGGGCAAGGGCACCAGUUAUCCCACCGAGCUGUUGUGGAACGCGUUACAGGUAGCUGCUAG